UUUCCACGGCCUGCUGAGUGGUUUCCAGCCGGUUCCCGGAGCCGCACGUGUGGAGUGGAGUAAAGACCGGGCGGUGAGCUGAUUCUCAGAGGCGGUCGGGAGGUACCGUGUCACCUUCCGUCCGACUAGGAGAGUGCUGUCGUCCCUGUUUGGCGUGAGCGCCGCGCGGCUGCAAGCAUGCCUCACAGGAAGAAAAAGCCCUUUAUAGAGAAGAAGAAAGCUGUGUCUUUUCACCUGGUCCACCGGAGCCAAAGAGAUCCUUUAGCAGCAGACGAGACUGCACCCCAGAGGGUUCUGUUGCCUACACAGAAGAUAAAAGAGGAGGAGAGGCGAGCGGAGCAGAGGAAGUAUGGAGUGUUCUUUGACGACGACUAUGACUACCUGCAGCACCUGAAGGAACCCUCUGGGCCCUCGGAGCUGAUUCCCACGAGUGCCGUCGGCGCACCUUCCAGGGGAGAUGGGCGAGAAGAGCCUUUAGUAACUUCAACCAGUGGAAUUAAGUUGCCUUCCUCAGUGUUUGCAUCAGAGUUUGAAGAAGAUAUUGGAUUGUUAAAUAAAGCAGCUCCUAUUUCAGGACCUCGGUUAGAUUUUGAUCCUGACAUUGUUGCAGCUCUUGAUGAUGAUUUUGAUUUUGAUAAUCCGGAUAAUUUACUUGAAGAUGAUUUCAUUCUUCAGGCCAAUAAGCCAACAGAAGAGGAAGAGGGAAUGGAGAUACAGAAAUCUGAGGCUGAAGAUGACAGUGAGUGGGAAGAUGUGGAUGAUGAGAAGGAAGGAGGUAGUGAUGACGAUAGAUAUGACCCUGCAGGCUCAUCAGAUGAGGAUAUGUCUACCCCUGGAAAACCUCUUGGGGCUGUAGAAAAUCACUUCUUCUGGGAAGAGGAAACAAAAAGUCGCUUUACUGAGUAUUCCUUGACGUCCUCAGUCAUGAGGAGGAAUGAACAGCUGACCCUACAUGAUGAGAGGUUUGAAAAGUUUUAUGAGCAAUAUGAUGACGAUGAAAUUGGAGCUCUGGAUAAUGCUGAAUUGGAAGGUUCCAUUCAAGUAGACAGCAAUCGCUUAGAGGAAGUUUUGAAUGACUACUAUAAAGAGAAGGCAGAGAAUUGUGUAAAACUGAAUACUCUUGAACCCUUCGAGGAUCAGGACCUGCCAGUGAAUGAGCUGGAUGGGCCUGAGGAGGAAGAGAUUGUUACUGUGGUUCUUGAAGAAGCCAAAGAGAAGUGGGAUUGUGAGUCUAUUUGUAGUACAUACUCAAAUUUAUAUAACCAUCCACAGCUUAUCAAAUAUCAACCAAAGCCCAAACAAAUCCGACUAUCUUCUAAAACAGGAAUACCUCUCAAUGUCUUACCUAAGAAAGGACUCACAGCAAAGCAAGUUGAACGAAUGCAGAUGAUUAAUAACAGUGAUCUCCCUAAGAUAUCAACCCAACCACGUUCUAAAAGUGAAAGCAAAGAAGAUAAAAGAGCACGAAAGCAAGCUAUCAAAGAAGAGCGCAAGGAACGGAGAGUGGAGAAGAAAGCUAACAAAUUAGCCUUCAAACUGGAGAAAAGAAGGCAGGAAAAAGAGCUGCUGAACUUGAAGAAGAAUGUUGAGGGUCUAAAGCUAUGAUAGUGGGACAUUUAAGAUAAGGUGCUUUCCCUAUUAGGGACUUCUCGUUACGUUAAAAAAUGAACGAGGAUCUUCAGAGAGAGAAAACUGUUCAGUCUGCCAUUUUUAUUGGCAGGUAUUUUAAAAAAAAACAGUACAGUAUUUGUAUUUAUAUCAUCAAGUUUUCUCUGCCAGCUGUCUUGUAAAUAUUGUAAUAUUUUAGAAUUUAAUACUAUGGGAUUAAAUUUGCUUAAAUAAAAUGACAAUGGACAUGAAAUGUUUGGAUAAAUUAAAGGAAAAAUGCCUUCAUAACUUAAAUGGAAUUGAUUUGUUCUUCAUUUAUUUGUACAGUUGUCCCAGUUGCCUUUUGCAGAUGUUCUCAAAUAUUUCUUUGAAAGCUUUCCACUCCUUUUCAGGACUUAAGUGGUUUGAUUUCCUGUAUGUUGAAAAGUAACCCAGUUAAAAACUCAAAUUUGAAACAAGAAUGGCAAGAAGAGCUUCCCUGAGAAGUUUCCACUGGUUGGAAGCUAAAUUUCCCAUUGCUGUAUGCAAAGGGUUAUUUCAAAAGGGUGGUAAAACAAUAUCAAGGUCAUUGGGACUCAAUUACUGGCUGAUUUGUUUUUGGAAUUUAGGAACAGUGAAGACAGGAAACAGAAGAAAUAAUCAAGAAAACUUCCUUGGCUUCAGUGAGUACCUGGCUCAAAAUCAGAAAUAUUAAGUUCAAACUAGAAAGCUUGUCUUUUCAGUAUUAUUUAAUGCUUGGAACCGUUCAUACUGAUUAAAAUACAUAGUUGAAAAAA